GAAAGAAAAAAACGAGAAGAAAACAUGUCAAUGCUAAACCUGAACCUGAACAUCGACAGUCAGUUUAGUCAGUCGAACAAAACGCAGUAAUACAAAUAUUAAAGUGUGCAGAAGAGGUGUUUGAAAUCUUAUUUGUUCAAGUGUGUGAAAAUACGAGACAAUUUGAUAUUUUUCUAACAAACGCCGAGUAGCAAACCAGUGAAGAUCUUUUUCGAUUUCCUCCAGUUGUGAUUUUAACCCACAAAAUUCUCAAACUCGAGGCAUCUGUGUCGAAAAAGAAACUAGUCUGAUAGAUCACAAAAAAAAUGGAAAUGAAAUUCUUCAGACUUGGUAAUAAAAAUGGUGAGACGAUUGUACCAAAAUUUUGAAGAUUUCCAUUUUCAAUUGAAGGAUAAACUUCUGAUGAUCACUAGAAAAAUAGAGCGAGAACAUUGAAAGUAGAAAUGCUCUGUGAUUGUGGAGACAUAUUGCUGUUCGAGGAAUGAUUUCCACUGUAAAAAGUUGCUAGCAAAAAACAGAAGAAUCUUCAAAAGCACCACAGCUAAAUCAAAAACAUCCAGUCACAAGCUUUGUAAAGAUAGAAGGAAAGCAGCCUCGAAGAUUAAAAGGGAACAAGAACCAAAAUUAUCAACCAGGAGAAAUGGAUUAUUCAGAAGUUUCUCUCAGCGAUGAGGAGGAUUAUUCGCAUGAAUUUGUUCACACAAAUUCUAGAAAUACUGGAGAAUCCAAACUCAAUGAAAGAUGCAUCAGUUUUAUAAGAGACAUGAAUGAAUACGGUGUUUGUAUUUUCGAUGAUUUUGUUGGUCCCGAGCUGGGUAUGGCCAUUCUUAAAGAAGUGCAAAAUAUUCAUGGAGCUGGAAUGUUCAAAGAUGGACAAUUGGUGUCUAACAAAGCUGGCACUAAUAGCUUAAAAAGAAUAAGGAGCGAUCAGACUACAUGGGUCGAUGGCAAACAAAAAGGAUGCAGAAAUAUUGGUACUCUUGUUUCAAAAGUCGAUGAAAUCAUUGCUAGAGCUAUAAGGAUGCCGAAUAAAGGGAAAAUGGCAAAUUUGAUGAUUCACGGGAGAACUGAGGCAAUGGUUGCUUGUUAUCCUGGCGAUGGUUCCCACUUCGUUAAGCACGUGGACAAUCCGAAUCACGACGGUCGAUGUAUCACGGCAAUUUAUUACCUCAAUAAAAAUUGGGACAUUGAGAAAAACGGUGGUUUGUUGAGGAUUUUUCCGGAAGGCUGGCGUCGAGACAUGGUCGCAAACAUUGAACCUCUGUUCGAUCGAUUGUUAUUUUUCUGGUCAGAUCGAAGAAAUCCUCACGAAGUUCAACCCGCUUAUAAAACUAGAUACGCCAUAACAUUGUGGUAUCUUGAUACAGGAGAGAGAAACGGAGCUUGCCGAAUUAGUCCAAAAGAAAAAAAAGUGCAUCCUGAGUCACUGCUGGAGCGUGCAGUUGUAGAAUCCGAAUUGUAGAUACAACCUAGACGUUUAUUCAAUAACUUUCGAUGAGUAGGCUGCAUCGAAACAGCUGUAAAUAUAUAAAUAUAUUUAUCGAUUGACGAACUCAGUGAGGAUUGAACGUGAAAUGCAUUAAUUACGUAUUAAGGAUUAUCGGAUAUUCAAUAAAUAAGUUAAAAGGACAAUGGUGCUCAAUUUCCGGAAGUUACAGUCUGAACGCCUGUAAAAACGGACGAAAAAAACCAAGUAGUUUUCUUCGUUCAAGGAAGUUGUAAACAUUAAUUAUUUAUUACGCUUCAGAUACGACACUGCAUUGAGAAAUGAAAAAACUCUUCUGCAUGUUUUUCUCUGUUUCCUCGCUGCAGAAAAAGAACCACAAAAAUUAUUGUUUUCCUUUCUGUAAUCUUAGAUUUGGCUGAUAUUAGAUCGCUCGAUAUCUCCUAGCAAUCGACGAAUCGUUAUCAUUUUCAAUUCCAAUUUUUUCUGAUGCCGAUAUUGACUCGUUGAAAAAAAACUAAAUAUCAAAAAAUUGCUCGCUGAAACAGAGAUCGGAAUUCUAUGAAUUGUUAAAUUUAUUAAGUUAUCUUCAAACUCGUUGACAUUUUUGAGUCAGCGAGACACAAAUCAUUCAAAAUAUGCUUCCAGUGCUGAUGAAUUGAUAUCUUGCCUCAAAACCGUUCCUGUAGCAUUAAUAUACGAAUAUUGCAAGUUUUAAAACGUGAAAUAAGUUUUUUCUUUCAUCUCUCUCUUUCGCUUUCCCUCUUAAUUAUAAAAGUUCAACGCAAUGGCAGUGUCAAUAAAAAUGAUUUCAGAUGUUUUAUAAAACUGCUCAGUUUCGUAAAUUUUUUUAUAUAUAAUACUGAGGAAACACUUCUUUCAUGAGAGUACGACAAUUACUUUCAAUGAAAAUUAUAGAUUUUUGCUACUAGUAAAAAAAAUUGGUCAUUUUCUAUUUUUUUUUUUCAUCUUGUUCAUAUGGAAUAGCAAGAUAUACUGAAAACAAUGUAGGAAGCGUGAAAUUGUUCACAAUCCGUAGAAAAUUCUCUCAAGAUACUACUUCAUUGACACAGCAUUGCCAGAAAAAUCCUCGCCACAGUAAUUAACUUAUUAUCAUGGUUCAAUUUAGUUAGAAAAAAAUUCACUAUUAACUUAAUUUGUAGAAUUAAUGGUUAAUCUAUGCAAAAAAAUCUUGCACUUUGUAAAACGUUGUCACAAUUUAUCACAGUCAAAGAAAUAAAUAUUGUACAAAUUUUGAAA